AGCCUCCCAGCAGUGCUUUUUCAGCAAGAUCAGUUUUGGAGUUGAAAGUUGAGGGAGGAGUCAGGUAGUCUAAGGCAUCAGGUGUGCAUGAGAAGAGAAAGAGGAGUAGCAACCAGAUGACUAAGCCUAGUAGCACUGGACAUGUGAUAAGAGGAGAGCGGGACGGUGCUGUGCAAAUAACAGAAUGUGCAUGUUAAGAGCAGAUCGACGAAACGCUGCAGGGGGGAGAUCGGCUUGUUCUAGUGAUCUGGGGAUACAAAGGAAGAAGAUGCAGAUGGACAGGAAACACUUCUAAUUUCUCAUUGGAUGCAUGCAUGAGGAUAAUCCUGCUGGACCAUGACCGGUAAGAAAGGGAGGCAGUGGAGGUCUAUGUGCAAAGGCCUGGUCCUGGGUACCCUGCUGACCAGCUGCAUGAUCCUGCUUUACUCUCUCUCCACUCCACAGAUCCACCUCAGCCUGCCUGAGUUUCCAGUGCCUUAUUCCUGUGCCCACCGCCCCUCCCAGCUCCACCCUAAACCAACCACUAACAUCUCCCAACAAACCUCAGGCCAGACCUGUACCCCCAAAGUGGAUAUCAUGUUCAUGAAGACCCACAAAACAGCCAGCAGCACCUUCCUCAACAUCCUUUUCCGCUUUGGAGAGAAGCACCGGCUCAAAUUUGCCUUCCCUGACAGCAGAAACGACUUCUUCUAUCCAUCUGUUUUUCAGCGCUCACAGGUUAAAGACUACAGACCUGGAAUGUGCUUCAAUGUUAUCUGUAAUCACAUGCGCUUCAAUGCAAGUGAAGUUGCCAAGCUGCUACCUCUGGACACUUCCUACAUCACCAUCCUCAGAGACCCUGCUGAGCUGUUUGAGUCCUCCUUCCACUACUUUGGCCGGCUGGUGCCUUUUACAUGGAAGAUACCAGGUGAUGACAAGCUGACCGAGUUUUUAAGAGACCCAAAUUACUACUUUGAUAAAGAAGGCUUUAACUCUUUCUACCUCAAGAAUCUGCUGUUCUUCGACUUUGGACAGGACAACACUCUGGAGCUGAACGACCCGCGUGUAGAAGAGGGAAUAAAAUUCAUCACUGAGCGUUUUCAGCUAGUCAUGUUGGUGGAACACUUUGAGGAAUCCCUCAUCCUGCUAAAGGACGCCCUUUGCUGGGAGAUGGACGACUUGCUCUUCUUCAAACUUAACGCCCGCAAAGGCUCUACUGUGUCUAGACUGACCCCUGAGCUCAGGGCCAGGGCUCUGCAGUGGAACGCUGUUGAUUGGAAGCUGUACCAGCAUUUCAACCAGACUUUUUGGAGGAAAGUAAAUGCAUAUGGACGGGAGAGGAUGGCUGAGGAUGUUAUAGAGCUCAGGAGAAGGAACGAGGACAUGGCGUCCAUCUGCAUUGAGGGGGGCCGUGCUGUAGAAGCGAGCAGCAUCCAGGAGACAGCCAUGCAGCCGUGGCAGCCCUUUGGAGAAAAGUCCAUCAUGGGCUACAACCUGAAGAAGAACGUGGACAAGGUACAUCGCAAGCUAUGCCGCAAGAUGUUGAUGCCGGAGCUACAGUACCUAACAGAACUUGGGGUCAACCUGUGGAUCACAAAGCUGUGGGGCCACAUCCGAGACAUCAUCAACUGGUGACUAUGGGCCUGAGAGCAUGAGGGGCCAAUUCAUCUCUGACAAACUGUGUUAGAAGAAGAAGAAUCUGACUGUGUGGCUGUUGGAGUAAAAGAUUAAAAGGUCUAAGUCACAUUUCAAUCUUAUAUCAUGUCUCAUUUUGUAUCCACAUUGAAAUUUGUGCACUUCCUACGGUUGUGUAUCUGAUGAGUGCUUCAAAAAAAACAAGAUACUGUAGGCCUUAAAUCUACAAAUAUGGAACAACUUUAAUAAACGUAGAAGGAGCCUAAAAUAUUCUUACUCUCAGAUGUUAGCUUGUUAUGAGUGACUUGCAGUGAAGGCCUUAUGUUAUGCCCCUUAAGACAAGUGAAUAUUAGAGACUUUUCUGAUGACAGAUGUUUAACUUAAAAGAGAGAAAGCAGAGGUGAAAAUAAUCAUGAUUGCAUCUGGUCAGAAGCCUUAGAUGUACAUUGUGAUCAAAUGUCAUUCUCUGUAGCAACAUGAUUUUUGUAUUGACUUGCAAGAAAUCAACAAGUAGAAAAAAAGGUUCAUCAUAUGCAAUCAAUUACAAUAAUAUUUCUUAUGAAUCUUCUCAGUUUUUUCAGUAUAUUAUAUAUUAUACGUUUAGUUUUAACACGUUCAUUUCUCCGGGGCAUUUUGCAGUUGUAGCCAUUUCUCCUCUUUCCCCUGAUAUCAUAACAUUAAUCAUUGAAGGAUUCACUCUUGUCUGACUUGUCUGGUGUUAAACAACACCCAAGGGUGUUUGCACAGACCGUUAUCAUAGCCCGCAAGAUUCAAAUUGAAAAUAGCAUCAAUAUUAUUUGUUAUAUGUAAUCUUUUAUCUAUCUAAUUCUUUCAUUUUUUGUUGAAUUACCUUCAUAUGUGUUUAGUCUGUAUUUCUUUACAUCUAACAUAUUUACUGUCGUAAUUCAUGGACUGAUUCUUCCAUAAUUGUAAGUGUCUGAUUUUGUCCUUCAUACACCUCCCUGUUUCUCCUGGCAAUAUGUGAUCAUCUUUAGAUACUCAGAAAUGAAAUAAAAUGAAAAUUACAUGUACUAUUUCCCAUAUGAAAUGUUAUGUCUGAUUCAUAAAACGGAAUUUUCCUCUAUA